UUAGGCCCAAAAUUGGUUUCUAGUGUUAGGAAAAUAAAUGAAGUUGAAGCUCUGGGCUUUCACCUCGUUACUUGUUCAAGCUUGAUUUUAAUAAAUAAAUCAUAAGAAACUUAAAGAAAUAGUUCCUUGGAGUCUCAGUAUUGUUUUGGACGGCCCUCUCACACCCAAAUUCGUCUAAUGAUCCUCAGAGCCAAACAUGGAGCUCCCGCUCUUUCUUCAAACCUCUUCAAAAUCAUCCGAUCCUCUCUCAAUGCCUCUUCAUUUUCUUUAUAUUCGAAGCCUUAUCUCACCACCCCAAAACCCACUCCAAGAAGACCCACUUCACUUGCGGCACGAACACCCUCGCAAAUUUCAGAGACUGUAAGUUCUUCUGAUGUCAGCUUAAUCUGUUCUUUACUUUCUACCCAAACCCAUGAAUCCGCAAUAAAUCUUGAUAAUUUGUUGGAGGGUUUCAAAGAAAAGUUGAACUCUAAUCUUGUGCUUGAAAUUCUGAUGAACUAUAAGCAGUUGGGUAGGAUUAAGACCUUGGAAUUCUUUUCUUGGGCUGGAUUGCAAAUGGGUUUUCAGUUUGAUGACUGUGUGGUUGAGUACGUGGCUGAUUUCUUGGGUAGGAGGAAGCUUUUUGAUGAUAUGAAGUGUCUUUUGGCGACCGUUUUCUCGUAUAAGGGGCGAGUUUCCUGCAGGGUAUUUUCAAUUUGUAUAAGGUUCUUGGGUAGGCAAGGGAGGGUUAGAGAUGCCCUUUGCUUGUUUGAGGAAAUGGAAUCAAAAUUUAGGUGUAAACCUGAUAAUUUUGUUUACAAUAACAUGCUUUAUGUGCUUUGCAAGAAGGAAAGGUCUGAGGAAUUGAUUGAUUUUGCGCUUAUGAUUUUUAGGAAAAUCAAAGCGCCUGAUACAUAUUCCUAUAGUAAUAUUCUUGUUGGUUUAUGUAAAUUUGGUAGGUUUGAGACUGCAUUUGAAGUUUUUGGUGAAAUGCAUAGGGCUGGCCUGGUUCCUACUCGGUCUGCUGUGAACACUCUUGUUGGGCAGUUGUGUUUAUUGAGUGCAAAAGAGGGAGCUGUCCAGAAAGUUAGAGUUAAAGAUGCCUAUAGACCCUUUACCAUUUUAGUUCCAAAUAUGGGUGCUAACAGUGGUGCUAUACAGCCUGCAGUUGGAGUGUUUUUGGCAGUUCAUGAGAUGGGUUUAUUACCAAGUGCAUUUGUUAUAAACCAGCUUAUUUCAGAACUUUGUCGAUUGGGUAAAACGCAAGAAGCUGUUAAUGUGUUGAAGGUUGUUGAGGAUAGGAAGCUGAGUUGUGUGGAAGAGGGUUACUCUGCUGUCAUACAGGCUUUAUGUGAAUACCGAUUGGUAGAGGAAGCUAGUUAUUUGUUUGGGAGAAUGCUCUCCCGUGGCAUGAAGCCAAAGUUGGUAAUUUACAAUUCUGUUAUUUCAAUGCUAUGCAAAUUAGGAAGUUUAGAUGAUGCUAAACGGGUUUUUGAGAUUAUGAACAAGAAGAGAUGCCUUCCAGAUAAUUUGACCUAUUCUGCAUUGAUUCAUGCUUAUGCUGACGCUAUGAAUUGGGAAACUGCUUAUGGCUCGUUGAUUGAAAUGUUAGGAUUGGGCUUGUCUCCACAUUUUCACACAUAUAGUUUAGUGGAAAAACUUUUGAGGGAACAUGGGCAGUUGGAUUUGUGUUUCAAAUUGGAGCAGAAGUUGGACUCUCAGAUAUUGCAGAAGCUCUGUAAAGCAGGUGAACUAGAGGCUGCAUGUGAGAAGCUAAAAUCAAUGGUUGAAAAGGGUUUUUAUCCAUCAGGCUAUGUAAGGGAGGCUUUUGAACAUGCACUUCGAAAGUGCGGAAAAUUGAAUAUAGCUCGUGAAUUGCUAGAAAAGAUAGAUGGACGAAUGGUCGACUGCAAACCUGAUGAAAUAAAAAUAAGCUCUUAAUAAGCCAUCAACAAGAAGUCAUUAUCAGAAGAAUAGUGAGUAGUAGAGUUCUAUUCUCAUUGUUAAUAGUAUUUCUAUACACGCAUGUGACAACUGAAAUAUUUGAGUAUAUGUGUACUUGAGCUAUGCUAGAUUGUUCCUUGCUAGGGGCGAGCAAGAAAAUGGAAACCCGACCCUCUCAACAACACCUAACAUAAACCAACUUUGUUGGUUUCUGACAAUCUAGUGGUUUCUAAUAAUCAAUACGGCCUUAAGUUUUGGGGUUUGGUGAUCCGACACACUCGAGCUGCUCAGCCUCAAAUCUGAAAAUCCUAUGUUUGUUCAGUCUUGCUUCACCCAGUGACACGGAAAAAAAAAGGAUCAAAAUGGAAUCUCU